ACAGCUGAAGUAGGGUUGCUUUAGUUAAUUGCAAAAUUUUAAAUAACAGUUGGUAGAUAUCUACAUUGAAUAUUACUAUGAAUCAAAAACUACAUAUAUUCUACUUUUUAAGAAAAUUAAAAUGUACGAUCUUCAAGUUUCUCAGUGGUCAAGUUCUUCUCGAAGUAGACUAGUUGCUACCUUUCUUCUUCAUGCUCUAUCCUACCUACUAGUUGCUAUUACAGUUCCUUUUUCUUUGUUCUUUGUACUCAAAAGGGUUCGGGAGUUCGAGAGAGCUGUCAUUCUGGGGUCUACACUGGAAAAGGCUUGUGAGCGUGGACCAGGGCUUAUUUUUGUCCUUCCAGGCUUAGAGAAGUGCCAAAUUGUGGAUACUAGAACCAAGGUAUUCGAGGUUCCUCCUCAACAAAUCCUCAGUACUGAUUCUGUAACUUUGACAGUAGAUGCAGUAAUAUAUUACAGAGUUUUCGACCCAGUGAGAGCGGCAAUAUCAUCCAUUGAUUAUAAUCAGGCUGUUCGAAGUCUGGCCUCAAGCACGAUGGGUUCAAUCCUUGGAACCUAUAGACUUUCAUCUCUUCUUUCAGAUAGGGAAGAAAUAGCAGGACAGAUCCUUAACACAUUCCGGUCAGCCUGUGACCCAUGGGGUAUAGCUGUGCAGCGGGUUGAGAUAAAAAGUUUGGUUGUUGCAAAAGAAAUGGUGAAAUCUAUGGCUAUAGAGGCACAGGCUGAAAGGGAAGCUAAUGGUCUUCUAAUUCUUCAAGAAGGAGAAGCAAACUGUCUUCAACAAAUCAGAAAAGCAGCAGAUGAAAUGAACCAAGCUCCAACAUCGUUAGUUCUAAAAUAUUUACAGGUUCUGAGUAAUGUAUCAAGCCAGAAGAACAGCACCUAUAUUGUACCUUUACCAAAGGAAUUUUUCCAAAGUCAGGAGAAUUACGUUCAUCAGUAUGAGAACUAUGCUCCUCCUCCUGCUCCUGUUCAUAGAGUUCACCACAUCAAUCCUACGCCUGUUCAUCCUGCUCCUGCAUAUACUCCUACUGUUCAUUCUGCUCCUGCACACACCCCUCCUGUUUAUCCUGCUCCUGCGUACACUCCUCCUGUUCAAGAUAUUAUAAAGGAUCCAGAUUAUGAUGAAAUUAUCACAGAUCAUUCAGAAAUGAUCAUUCUAAAAUAAAGAAUAACAAUGUAGUUGAAAUGUCAAGUGAUUCUUUUUAUUAAAUGAAUUCAGGCCUGAUUCACAAAGAUACCCUUAACAUCUUCAUCUGAUCGCUUGAAAAGACGUGAAUUCUAAAAACUUUCUCCACUUUUUCUGAACCAGAAACUCGAAAGUAAGUUUAUAAAUAACCAAUUUUCGAAGAAAAAAUAUGAAUGACUCAUGCAAUCUUGAUAAUUGUGAAUUGGACCUACCAUUCUACAAAAUGAAGGGUCAUUUGAAACUACUAAUGCAGACCAACCUGUAAAAAAUAUUUUGUUACAAAUUCCCUCUCCUUCGUAAAAUCUAUAAAUUUUUAGUUCUAUUAUAACAAAGACGUUAGUGGUGUAUCGUAGAAAAACCUGUAAUCUUUGAAAUUUAAUGCAAAUAAAAGUC